UUUGCGGACCGUCAUAAUACCAUAGAAGAAGGUCAAUAGAUUGAUAAAUUAUCUGUUGCACCCCUGCUUUCAACAUCUGCGCAGUUUUGUUUUCAUGUUAUGAAAUGUGUGUCAGCAAAGGGAUUUAUUCGUGUUGAUAAACACCCACAUUUCCUCAUCAGGGGAAACAGCGUUAUGAAUGGGAGAAAUGGUAUCCUGUGGUUUGACUAUCCCAGUGCUCUUUCAGCUGUGUUUGUUGUUUUUGGCACCAUACAUCAACGGCAGAACAUUUGAGAAUUGUCUCACGGGCAAGUCAUGUCGAUCGGAAAGACCUCCCGUAGUCCUAAUUCCUGGAGACCUAGGGAAUCAGUUGGAGGCCAAGCUGGACAAGCCCAGCGUGGUUCACUACAUAUGUUACAAGAAGACUGAUGUCUAUUUCACAUUAUGGCUCAACCUGGAACUGCUGGUGCCGGUGGCCAUCGACUGCUGGAUCGAUAACAUAAGACUGAUUUACAACCGCACAACAAGGCUGACAGAAGCUCCUCCGGGGGUAGAUGUCAGGGUGCCUGGCUUUGGACAGACCUUUUCUCUGGAAUACCUUGACCCCAGCAAGCGCGAUGUUGGCAUGUAUUUUGUCACCAUAGUGCAGUCGCUGGUAGAAUGGGGAUAUACAAGAGAUGAUGAUGUUCGAGGGGCUCCGUAUGACUGGCGUAAGGCUCCAAAUGAGAACAAGGCCUACUUUUUGAGUCUGCAACAGAUGAUUGAAGAGAUGGCAGAGAAGGCUGGAUGUUCAGUUGUACUGAUUGCCCACAGCAUGGGGAACAUGUACACCUUGUAUUUCCUAAACCAUCAGCCCCAGGCCUGGAAGGAUCGCUACAUCAAGGCCUUUGUGUCCCUGGGUGCUCCUUGGGCUGGAGUGGCCAAAACCAUGAGAGUUGUGGCUUCUGGUGAUAAUAACCGUAUUCCAGUCAUCAGUUCACUAAAAAUCCGCUCACAGCAGCGCUCUGCAGUCUCAACCACAUGGCUGUUCCCAUACGCACAUUCCUGGCCCGCUGACCAGGUCCUGAUCCAAACACCCACCACCAACUACACCGUCAAGGACUACCAGCGCUUCUUCAAGGAUAUUGAUUUCGAAGACGGCUGGGAGAUGCGUCAAGACACUGCGCCACUGGUCAGUGCACUGGAGCCCCCUGGGGUGGCCAUACACUGUCUGUACGGCAGUGGAGUUCCCACAGCGGAGGGUUUCCUCUACACCAACUUUCCUGAUACAGACCCCACACUGAUUCUUGGAGAUGGGGAUGGGACAGUCAACCUGCUGAGUGCCACCCAGUGCAAGCGUUGGAUAGGUCACCAGAAUCAGCCUGUCCAUAUGCUUGAGCUGGAAGGGAAUGAGCAUGUGGCAAUGCUGCUUAACUUUACGACGGUCGCCUACAUCAAGACUGUCCUUUUUGGCCCUUGAGCGACCAACUAGAUCUGAUCUUAAGAGUCACAAACAUGAAAAACUGUGAUAGUACAAAGAAGAUGAACGAUAAGAUCUUUUCCAAUCCAUUUAACUCAGAUUACCAGAUUGUUUCCUGUUGUGCUAAACCAAAACGCGUUGUGAUUUUACAUACAGAUUUUACCAUAUUAUAUGUAAAGCAUUGGGGGCAUAGCUACAAUAAGUCAGUAGUAUUUGUACCAUUAACAUCAGUGAUUUUACUGUACACAUUAGCCAUGUGAACACAGAAAUAAUAACUUUCGUAUUCAUUUUUUUUAUUCAGACCUUUUCUGCUGUUACAAAGCGUUACAUUUGGUUUUGUUCUGUAGGUCACCGUAUGUAUAGUAUACCGGUUCAUAUUCUGUAUGUAUAACAUAAAGAAAUAAAUGACGGUAAUGCCUGUAAUUUUGUUCCUAAACAUGUCAGCUAUUAUUUUAAAAAAUGUAACACUUCCAAUCUAAAUCAAACCAGGUUAACUGUUUAAUGUGAUCCUCAGAAGUAGCAGUAUGUCCAGUAUUGAGCUGUGAUUAAUGCAUAAAUUCAGGUCCUUUUGUCAAGGCUAGAUUGCUGUCCGAUCAGCUUGAUUGUAACUGUGCCAUUGCGCUAUGGUUGGGCUUGACCAAUAUGUUAUUGAUGGUACUAUCAUGAUAUGUUUGUGUGCUGCCCUGUGACUAUUAAGUAAAAUGUAAUGUUGAA